AUGGCGCCUGCGUUUUACGUUGACGAGUGCAGUGAUGGGAACAACAAAUGCGCUCAGGUAUGCAAUGAGCUGAACCUCUUUGAGAACAGCCAGGGCUACAACUGCAGCUGCUUCGGUGGCUUCAAGAUGCAGCAAGAUGGCAUAAGUUGUCAGCCUAUUGUGAGCUGCACACUGGCCUGUACCAAUGGAAGGUGCUUUAUUGAUCCCAACACAAAGAGACCAACCUGCUCCUGUAACAUUGGUUACGUCCUUGAUAAAAGCAAGCAAAACUGCUUAGAUUUGAAUGAAUGUGAAGAACAGCCUAAACCGUGUGAGCAAGAAUGCUCUAACACCAUCGGAAGCUACAAGUGCUCCUGUUCUCCUGGGUUCACGCAGGAUCUCGUUGUUGCUAACAGAUGCAUUGAUGUUGAUGAGUGCCAGAGUAAUCCUUGCACAAAUUCUGGCACCUGUCAAAACAUGGUAAAUAAAUUCUCCUGCCAUUGUACCAGUGGGUGGACCGGUGUCUACUGUGAUGAAGAUGUAAAUGAAUGUGCCUCUAGACCAUGCUCCCAUGGAGGAACCUGUGUCAACACACCGGGCUCCUUCUCUUGCAGAUGUGCACCCGGUUGGAGUGGGACCCUCUGUACACUGCUUGUGGAUGAAUGUGCUUCCAACCCGUGCAUCCACGGCACCUGUGUGGAUCAGGUCAACGCCUUCUUCUGCAGAUGUGACGAGGGGUGGUCGGGCAACACAUGCACUACGAACAUCGACGACUGCGUGAAUGCACAGUGCCAAAAUGGUGCAACCUGCAUUGACAUUCUGAAGGGAUACAACUGUUCCUGUGUGCUGGGAUACAAAGGGCAAUACUGCCAAUACAGGGUCUUCGUCCACUCAGAGGUGUUGUCGUCAAGCAAAAGUCCACAGAGCGGCAAGAUGUACGACAUCAUCGUGUACGUGGGGUGGGCAGGCAGCGGCCACGUGCGGCUCCUGGAGGCGCUCUUCACGGGCCGCCUCGUGACGACACCCCCCUGCUCUACACCCUUCCACGCCUCGGCCUCGGAGCGAGCCGGGGCGAGCGUCGCUGCGGGAAAGGAGUGA